AUGGCCUGUGCCUCAUCCACCGAAAAAGGGAUCCAGGUCUGGCCGCCCGCGGACGUGAUGGGUUUCACGGGGGCGAAUGACGCGCUGGUCAGGGUCGCCCGCGUGGGCGUCGGCUGCGAGGGGACGCCCUCGCUCUACCGCCCGGCGGAUUCCGCGGCAGGCUUCGGGGGGGCGCUGGCGUGCCGGCCGCGCGCGAUCCAGCGGGGCCGCGGUGCCUCGGGCGAUGGCAUCUGGAUCGUCGCGCUGAAGGCGGGCUGCUGCUGCUGCUUCGCGCGCGGCGAGCGCUCCUGCGCGCAUGGCGAGGCCCUCGAUUUCAUGGAGGCCAGCGACAGCCACGCGGAGGAGCACGCCGUCGCCGGGCUCGGCGAAUGCUGCGCCAGCGGCCGCACCGCCGCCUCGGGCGCGUGGACCUGGGAGCGGGCUGGCAAGUAUCUCGAGGCCGGCAAGGAGGCCGGAGGCAUGCUUAUGGACCAGCGCUCCCACCUCGACAUCUUUCAGCGGUGCGUCGAGGUCUGCGACGGCGGCCGCGCGGCCAGGCUCGGCGCUGGAGCCUCCCAGGGCGUCGGCAGGCCCCUGGGGGGCGGCGCGGAGGCGAGGUUCAUGGGCCUCACCGCCAUCUUUCCGACGAAGGACUUCGGCAGGGUCGUGCCGUCGAACGGACUGGUCGAAGAGCUGGCCCCGCUCCGGACCUUGGCUGGCUCGGCGGCUCGGCGCGCUGCAGACUGCGUCCUUGUGGCUGGGCUCGGCUCUGCAGCCCGCCCGGCAAGCCAGAAGAGGCACUUCAGGGCCGCGCUGCGCGCCCGCUUCCGCGGUCUCGCUGACCCCCUGCAGCGGUCAGUGGACAGCAUGCGUUGCUUCCGCGCCAGAGCGCGCUGCCUGUGCCCGCCGCGGCUGGCGCUCAUGUGCUACCGGUGA